AACUGUCCUUCUCUGCAAAAUCCCAAAAACCCUAGGGCCCUUUCUGUAUUUUCAACACUCCCAAAAACUUAAAAAAACUUCCUUUUUUUUUUUUUUUUAAAUCUCAAUUUCCAUAAGUUAGGGGUUUUUACAUUUCCAUACGGUUCAGUCGCAAUUACACAUUGAUAGAUUAGAUUAGAUAGCGAGAGUUCAAAUAAACCAAAAAAAAGACGCAAAGCGUGACCGUUAGGUUUUUUUUUGGAUCUGAUUAUGGACGCACGAGAUUCGACAUCGAACCGAGACGUCUCGUCGAGCGGCGGCAGCGGCACCACCACCGGCGUUGGAGGAGGAGAAGAGGAUCCUAUCCUUUCCGUCACUGCCACGCUUGCCAAAGACGCUUGGUUACACUAUAACUCUCGCCGGUUCAAUGAGUGCCUUGAGGUUUUGUAUCAGCUAAAGCAGAAAAAGGAAGACGAUCCAAAGGCACUUCAUAAUAUUGCUAUUGCGGAGUAUAGUACAGAUGGUUAUCCAGAUCCAAAGAAGUUGCUUGAAGUGCUUAAUAACAUUGAGAUUGCAACACUUGAAGAGAAUAAUCAGCUGAUGACACCUCCAGAAAACCAGAUGGCAACCCUUGAAGACAAUAAUCACUUGAUUACUACUCCAGAAUACCAGCUGGCAACCCUUGAAGAGAAUAAUCAGCUGAUUACUACUCCAGAAUACCAGAUGGAAACAUUUGAAGAAAACAAUCAUUCUAUGCCUGCUCCUGAAACACAGCCUAACAAGAGGAGGAAAAGGAAGUCCAUGGUUUGGGAACACUUCACCAUAGAAACUGUAAGCGCUGAAAGUAGAAGGGCAUUCUGUAAGCAGUGCAAGCAAAGCUUUGCAUACAGCACAGGUUCAAAAGUAGCUGGUACCAGCCAUCUUAAACGUCACAUUGCCAAGGGAACUUGUCUAGCACUACUACGCAAUCAGGGGAAUCAACAAACACCUGGUACACCAGGGAUGAAUGGAAAUGGUAGUAUGUCUGAUCCACCAAGACGUCACUACAGAUCCCAUAGCUCUGCCUACAUUUCAUUUCAUUCAGACCAGUGCCGCCCUGAAAUUGCCAGAAUGAUGAUAAUCCAUGAUUACCCUCUUCACAUGGUCGAACAUUCUGGAUUUGUAACUUUUCUCAAGAGUCUUGAACCCAGAUUUGACAUGGUGAGCUUUAAUAUUGUCCAAGGAGAUUGUGUCUCAAGUUACUUGAGGGAAAAGCAAAAUGUUAUGAAGUUCAUUGAGGGUUUGCCUGGACGUGUUUGCCUUACACUGGAUGUAUGGACAUCUAGCCAAAGCUUAGGUUAUGUGUUUAUAACAGGACACUUCAUUGAUGGUUAUUGGAAGCCUCAGAGGCGGAUUCUCAAUGUGGUGAUGGAACCAAACCCUAACUCCGAUGCAGCUCUUAGCCAUGCUGUUGCUACUUGCCUAUCUGAUUGGAGUUUGGAAGGCAAGCUAUUUUCUAUCACUUUCAAUCAUCCAGUGGGUGAACCUGGGCUUCAAAACCUUAGAUCUCUACUCUCUGUCAAAAAUCCCCUUAUCAUCAAUGGUCAGUUAAUCCUUGGGAACUGCAGUGCUCGUACUUUAAGCAACUUUGCAAAAGAUGUGCUCUGGGCAGGGCGAGAGAUCAUUAAGAAAGUCCGUUACAGUGUAAAGUAUGUGAAGACCUCAGAAUUCCAUGAGCAAAAGUUCCUUGAGCUCAAGGAACAGCUUCAAGUCCCCAGUGAAAAAGACCUAUCUCUUGACAACCAAGCUCAAUGGAACACAACGUAUCAUAUGCUGGUUGCUGCUUCAGAGUUGAAGGAAGUAUUUUCUUGCCUAGAUACUUCCGAUCCUGAUUACAAAGAGGCUCCAUCCAUGGAAGACUGGAAGCGGGUUGACAUUAUAUGCACGUACUUGAAACCUCUCUUUGAUGCAGCCAACUUUCUUGCCUCUAGAACUAACCCAAACCAGAAGACAUUCUUCCAUGAAGUCUGGAAGAUGCAUGAGCUGUAUCAUUCUAUUACAAGUCAUGGGGAUCCCUUUGUCAUCAGUCUUGCUGAAAUAAUGCAAGAAAAGAUAGACAAAUAUUUGAAGGAGUGCAUCCUAGCUUUGGCAAUUGCUGUAGUCUUGGAUCCUCGGUUUAGGAUGAAGUUGAUUGAGUUCAGUUUUGUGAAAUUCUAUGGUAAAGAAGCUAGCAAAUACAUUAAGAUUGUUAAUGAUGCGCUCCAUGAGCUUUUUCUUGAAUAUGCGGCGCUUCCUCUUCCUCUUACACCAGCUCAUGCUGAAGAUGGAAAUUUUGAGAACAUGAAGACUGAAGAAAUUUCAUACAAUGAGCUCACAGAUUUUGAUGCAUAUGUGGAGACUACUAGCCAAAAUAUGAAGUCGGAGCUGGAGCAGUAUUUAGAAGAGUCUUUGUUGCCUCGCUUCCAAGAGAUGGAUGUACUGAAAUGGUGGGAAGAGAACAGGCUCCAAUAUCCAGUUCUUUCAAAAAUGGCUCGUGAUAUAUUGACCAUGCAGGUGUCUACUGCUGAUCCUGACUCUGUAUUUGAUACCGAGAUCAAAGAGCUGGAUGAGUAUCGAAGUUCUUUGAGACCUGAAACCGUGGAAGCCCUUGUGUGCGCGAAGGACUGGCUUCAGUAUAGAUUUGCUACAGAAGUUUCUAAUGCUCUUGUGAAAGUAGAGGAUCUUAGAUCUUAAUGCUCAGUGUCUCUGACUAUAGGUUCUUUGUUAGUCUCGAUUAUAAUCUUCUACUUCUACAUUAGGCUAGAUUUUGAUCUAGAUUGCUUGAACACGAGAACUUCAGUUUUUACAGUAGCUUUUCUGAUUCUAUGAGUUCCUUUUACUUUGUUUGCUGUGGCUUAGCAAUUAUCUAUUGUCAAGGCUAAAUAUUAACAGGUGCUGGGACUAAUUAUUGAUGUCCAGCUAACCACAUAACUGA